AAGAGCGAGAGAGCGAGUGGGUGGGGGGAAAAAAUGUGGGGAGAAGAAAGGGUAAAAAGAAGAGGAGAAAAUACAACAUCUGCAACAUCUUCAGACUUCUUUUCCAGCUCUGGGUGUCUUCUUUCUCCUGUUGGGAUUUACAUUUUAUGUCUUGGUAACAAAAAUGGCCCAGCAUAACAGUUUUCAUUCCCUGAACUACACCGCACCCCAAAGUGCGGGAAACGACACCAUUGUGGAUAACAAAACUGCAACCACCGUGGGCGCCCUCAUCCUGACCCUUGUCUUUCUCUUGGGCUUCCCCGGAAAUGUCUUUGUUAUCUGGAGCAUCCUGGCACGUGCUCGGAAGCAGUCCGUCACCACUCUCCUCAUCCUCAACUUAGCUAUUGCCGACGGCUCUCUGAUGGCUCUCACCCCGUUCUUCAUUAUCUACCUGGUUAUGAAGAAGUGGAUAUUUAAGAAAGUGAUGUGCAAGAUCCUCUUCUACCUGUGUCUGGUCAACAUGUACGCCUCCAUCCAUCUCAUCAUGAUGAUGAGCCUUUACAGGCUGGUGGCAAUCCUGUGGCCCCAGCGCAUCAGUGUUAUCACCAGCCGGAGAACUAUACUGCGGGUGCUGGCGGUGGUGUGGGUGCUAGUGAUAGUUGCCUCUGUUCCUGCAAUCCUCUUCAGAGACGUGAAGAAUUUCAAGAAUACCACUGUGUGUGAAUCAUUCCAUGAAAUAGACCAACAUGUGGUCUUGCAGUACACGUUGGAGCUCGUGUUGGGGUUUUUAAUUCCCUAUGGCAUCAUUUUAGUCAGCUACAUCUGCAUCUUACGUCGGAUACGACAGACCAAGUUCCGCCGUCGAAUUCGCAGUGAGAAACUCAUCCUUGCCAUUGUGUUGACUUUCUGUCUCUUUUGGUUGCCCUACCACGUCAUCAACAUGGUGCAAGUCACAUGGGCUUUGUGUCCAAAAGGUCCAGUAAAAGACAUGCUGGGGAAAGUAUGGCACAGCAGCCGCGCUGUCACCUCUUCCAUAGCCUUCAUCAGCAGCUGUGUCAACCCGAUACUCUACUUCUUCGCAGGAAAGUCUUACAUCCGGCGAGAAGGGCUGGCAUUUAUGGCCCGCUUGUUUGAGGGCACAGGACUGGACUCGGCCACCAGGAAGAGCCGACAGAACAGCCAGAACAGCCGAGACAAAGACAAAGACAUGGAUGCCGUCAUGCUAAAGGACAAAGAUCCGGACUCUGUCACUAAUUCUAACUCUACUGUAAAACCAGUGAAGAAUGGCAAAUAGAGGACACAAGCGGCACCAGAUUUGAUGCUGGUGUUGUUGCCCUGGAGGGCCUUUCCUCCGUCCAUAAACUCUUAAUUUUAACAGGAAGUACAGGUGCAUCAUGCACAGCUGGUUCCUACCAAUUAAAAAACAACAUGAAUCCGUCAUCCAGAUGAGAUAGCAACAAACUUUGAAAGGGAUGUGACUCGGCAUAGGCUACUGCUCCUGGAACAGCUUGCUGCAAGAGGCAUACUAAAGUGACACGGUU